AUGUCAAGCCUUUUAAGUUAUCUAGUCCUCGCUGCGCUUGCAGCUGGCACAAUCGCGAAGCCGGUCGCUGAACCUACUAUCACAAAAGCUCCAACAUUGGACAAGCGGGCGACCAGUUGCACGUUUUCUGGAUCGAGUGGCGCAGCUUCGGCGAGCGCCUCUCAGAAAUCAUGCUCAACUAUCAUCUUAUCUAAUGUUGCAGUUCCCUCGGGCACGACCCUUGAUCUCAGUAGCCUACCAGACGAUACAUCGGUUAUCUUCGAGGGAGAGACAACCUGGGGGUACGAAGAAUGGGGUGGUCCUCUGCUCCAAAUCGGAGGCAAAGGCAUCACAAUCGAAGGUGCUUCUGGCGCUUACUUGAACCCGGAUGGAGCCCGAUGGUGGGAUGGCGAAGGCAGCAACGGCGGGAAAACGAAGCCCAAGUUUUUCUACGCGCAUGAUCUGAGUUCAUCCUCGAUUGCAAAUCUCCAUAUUCAAAAUACUCCUGUGCAAGCUGUUAGCAUUAACGGCUGCGACGGCCUGACCAUUACAGACAUGACCAUUGACAAUUCUGCCGGUGACACUGAGGGCGGUCACAAUACCGAUGGUUUUGAUAUCGGUUCGAGCUCUAGUGUCACAAUCACUGGUGCCAAUGUCUAUAACCAGGACGACUGUGUUGCGGUCAAUUCUGGUACAGAUAUCACGUUCAGCGGUGGAGUAUGCUCUGGUGGCCAUGGACUGUCCAUCGGUAGUGUUGGUGGUCGGUCAGACAAUACUGUCGAUACUGUCACCUUCAAAAACUCCGAAGUCAAGAGCUCCGCCAAUGGUAUCCGCAUAAAAGCCACUGAAGGCGAUACCGGAACAAUCAAGGGAGUAACUUACUCCGGGAUCACUUUAGAGUCAAUUGCAAACUACGGGAUUCUCAUUGAGCAGAACUACGACGGCGGUGAUUUGAAGGGAAAUCCUACGUCAGGAAUUCCCAUAACUGGCCUGACUAUUGAAAACAUUUCAGGAUCCGGUGCAGUAGAUUCUGGUGGGUACAACAUCGUCAUUGUCUGUGGCAGCUCCGGAUGCUCCGACUGGACUUGGGAGAGCGUCACCGUUACUGGAGGCAAGGAUUAUGGCAGCUGUGAAAAUGUUCCCAGCGCUGCUACCUGUUCUGCGUAA